AUGAGUUUCGGUACGAAUAAUACAACUGCUGUUGCAUUACUUUUACCUGUACAUAUUCCUGGUUUACGUUUACUUAUUGCAUUUACUUGUAUUAUAUUGUAUAUAUUUGGUUAUACCGGUUGUCUUUUAUCAAUAAUAACAUUUAGUUCAAGAAAACUUCGUCAUCAUUCAACAGGAUUUUUAUUUCUGAUUAUGGCAUUUGUUGAUAUAUUUAAUUUAUUUGCAAGUUUACAAUAUUUUCUUGAUGUUAUUUAUCAAAUAAAUGUCUUCGCAAUAUCUAUACAUUGGUGUCGAUUCUUUACAAUUAUUAAUUAUGAACUUUAUUUUGGAUUUUCAUGGAUAUUUGUAUUUAUAUCGGUUGAUCGUUGGAUUAAAGUUGAAUGGCCAACAAAAAGUCAAACAUUAUGUACACGACAAAAAUUUAUAUAUUUAUGUUUAUUAACAUUAUUUUUAAGUCUUAUACAAAACAUCAUUUAUGCAUUCUUAUGUUUUAAUGAUGAUUGUGGACAAAAGAAUUUAGCGUGUGAAAUAUUUAUUCAUGCUGUUUAUAUAACAAUGUAUAUGACUGUACCGAUUGCAAUUAUUCUUAUAUCAAUAAGUCGUACAUGUUUAAUUACAAUUAAUCUUAAAAAACGUAUUCGAACAUCAACAUCAAGCAGUUCACAACAACAACCGCAACAACAACAACAACAAGCAGUUGUCGAUACGACAACAUCACUUAAAUUAGAAAGUAUUGUUCGAUGUCAUUCUACAACAGUUACAAGUCGAUUAUCAAGUUCAUUUGUUAGUUCACUAUCAUCAACAACAACAACAACAAAUAAUAAUAAUCAUCAUCAUCAUCCAACACAAUCUCAAUUUUUAAAUACAAAUAAUCGGUUAGCCUAUUAUCGUCGGCGACGUUCACGUAUAGAUGCCCAAAUGGUUAUAUUAAUAUCAAUAAAUGUUGCUCCAUUUAUUCUUGUACAUAUCAUAACAGAAAUAGCUUAUCUAUUUGAAAAAUAUUCAAUAGUUGUGUCACAAUCAACUGUUGCAAGAUUAAUUAUUAUAUUAAUUUAUCUUUCAUGGUAUUUAAUAUCAGCAACACGUUUUUAUACAAAUUGUUUAUUAUCACGUAUAUAUCGUGAAGAAUUUCAAAAUCGUUUGUAUAUGUUAAGACAUGGUUGUAAAUCACGUCCAAGAAAUUCUGAUCGAUUAUCAUCAAGAAGAUAUUCAUCAAGAUUUUUUCUUGGAAGUUUAGCGAAUGGCGGUGAAAGUACAACUAUGAAUGUAAAAUCAAUUGGAAUGAACUAA